AUGCGAAGAAAGAAGUUGGAUGAGGAGCUUACUGAAGUUCUGGAUAGGAAAGAAAGGCUUCUUAGUUUCAUUGAAGAGAAAAGACUAAAAGUUAAUGAAGUUGGUCUAAUGAGCUUGACAGAAAGAGAAGCUAAUGAAUUCCGUAAUUACACUUUGCAUGAAAUCUUUAAAUGUGCAAAGGAAAUACGGCUUGAAACUGAGGAGGAUGAGGAGAUUGAGGAGGAGGAGGAGGAGGAUGAUAAGGGUGGUGAUAUGCAUGAUCAUGACAAUGACAAAGAGGGUAGCAAAGGUGGUGAUGACGAGCAUGGAACUGAAUCUGAAAGGAAUAAAGUUCCGUCUGAAACUCCUGAAAAGCAAAGCACUCCUUCCCCAAAGACCAAUGAGGCAAAUGAAGAAGAUGAUGGCAAGGAUGGAACAAGCAAAGGAGUUGAGGCUGAAACUGGUAACAAGCCGAGCACUCUUCUGCCAAAGGAAGUUGAAAUCCCUGAAGGUCAAGAAGAGCAUAUGAACCUUAAUGACCAGCACAAUGCUCAAACUGAUGAAAUUGACAAAGUAGCUGGGUGUGAAGCUGCUAACAAGCAAAGUACUUCUAUGCCAAAGACAAGUGUAAUCAAUGAAGAUAAACAAGACCAAGUGAACCUUGAUGACCAGAAUGUGAUGGAUGACACUCGAACAACUGAAAUUGAUGAAGCUACUAUAAUUGCAGCUGAAGCCAUAUGUCAAUUGGAUCCUAAAGAAGUCCUUUUACUCACACAAGGAGAAGAAUCACAGAAUGAGACUUAUACAUCAAUUGAGGACCUUCUAGAUAACUACCAAGAGGUAGAAGAAGAGAAAACCACUCCAGUGAGGACAAGAGCACGGAGGAUGAAGGAAGAAGAGAUGUUGAAGACACAAGCCUCUGGAAAGUUGUCCACGACACCACAAAAGAGAAAUGAAAAAAGAAAGCUAGAUCCUGAAUUCACUGCCGAGGGUAAAACCAAACGAGUUGUGAUAAAAGCAGAUCCAAAAGGCAAGGGGAUCAAAGUGGGACAAGAACCAGGCUAUCCUGCCCCAAUAAAGAGAAAGGGAGAUGUAUAUCGUCCUCACAAUCCAUUGCCAGAUGUUCGUCUAUCACCACUAUACCAUGCUAUGCAACCAGGACAGGACAAAAAAAGGGUACAAAAAUUCUUCGACUAUGCAAGCAUGGAGUAA